AUGCUGACUCAUGGCCUCCGCUGUUUUGAACUGGAGCCUGGUGCUACUGGACAAACAACUGAUUUUAGGGAGGCAAAUAAGAAGCUAGAAUGGAGUUUAAAGAAGAUUAAUGGGGGAUCGGAGCAUACUUUACGUGCAAAGCUAACCUUUUCUCAGGAAUCGCAUGGUAAUAUAUCGAAAGAAUCUGGACCUGUUAGCAUGACAUUUACUAUACCAAUGUACAAUGUGUCUCAGCUUCAGGUAAAAUAUUUGCAGAUAGUAAAGAAAUUUGGGACACAUGAGCCAUAUCGGUGGGUUAGAUAUGUUACACAGGCAAAUUCCUAUGUUGCUCGCAUAUGA